CGUUCUUUUCGUUGGACUACAAAUUGGCAAGAAGACGAAUUAAGCCAUGAGUCACACAAAAGUUUGGUAUAGCCAUCCUAGGAAAUUUGGCCCUGGUUCGAGAGGCUGUCGUGUAACCGGCAAUCAUCACGGUAUAAUAAGAAAAUACGGAUUGAAUGUUCAAAGGCAAUGGUUCCGUGAACACGCAUUAGAAAUUGGAUUCAAGAAGCUGGACUAGAAGAUCGAGCUCUUGGGAAGCAUUUUCUGGAGAUGGUUGUAGUACCUGUACAGACUUGUUUUGCUGUAAAAGCCCUAGAAUAAUAUGAGUUGACGAAGACAUUCAAUUUACGACAGCCGUUAUUGUAAUUGGUGGCUUGUGUUACUGAUAUUAAUGCGAUAAAAUAAAACAUCCUUUAUCCG